AUGUCUGCAUGUCAGAAGGCCACCAGGCCAUUGGCCAGAUGUCUGCAGAAUACAAAGUCACUGCCCCAAGCUACCAGAGCAGUUCGAACAUUUACGAGCUCUACGCGCCAAAAUGAGGAGGUUGCCGUCGAGGCCACGAAAGCACCAAAGGUCUGGGAUCCGGAGACAGUCACAUCUAGAAAGGGAGAGAGGGCAUUGAUGAGGAGUGGUGUCAUGCCAAUUGGUUCGAGACGUCGUCGUGCUGCUUUACAAUUCUCCGACAACAUCCCCUUUGAGCAGUUACCGUACCAAUGUUUCCAAGAAGCACUCCAGGUUCUGAGGGAAGAUAGGACAGAGAAGCUGGAGCAGAUCAAGACCGAAAGGCUACGGAUAUCGAAUCUGAUGGCUCAGGAUGCAUCGAAGAUUAAGGGAGGAGAGGUGCAGAAAGAGAAAAGGCUGGAUAGUAUGAGGAGGUAUCUGGAGAAGUUGAAGAUAGAUGCGGAUAUCAAUGAUCCCCUGAUCAAGAAACGAUUUGAGGACGGAGAUGGUGAUAUGAACAAACCCAUCUACCGCUACCUAGCAGACAAACAAUGGCGAAAGUACCAACGACUGCUCAUCCUCCAGCGUAUAAAGCAAUUCAGCGUCGUCCCCGACGUCCUCCCCCAUUUCGAACCCACGGCCGAUGUGCGUCUAGCUUUCAGAACGCGCAGUGUGCAGCACGGGGAAUUCGUCGAUUCCCGAGUCAGCGAAGUCCCCGCGCGGUUGAAGGUACAAGUCUUCGAUAAAGGAGAGAGACUUGUCAGCAUCGUAGUGAUAGACUCGGAUGUACCACUUGCGGAAAGUGAGAACUUUUCAUCGCGCUGCCAUUAUCUUGCCACAAACAUCCCGCUUUCUCCCGUCAUCAACUCGAUACCCCUAUCCAAGAUCUCAACCGAGUCAGUGGUAGUACCUUGGUUGCCACCUUUUGCACAAAAGGGAUCGCCCUAUCACCGCUACUCGGUCUUUGUGCUACAGCAAAAGGCAGGCGAGACGCUGAACGUAGCGGAACUUAAAGAGAAGGUCCAACAAGACGGUUUCGCCCUGCGAAGUUUCCGGGACAAGUACAAGCUCGAUCCUAUUGGGAUGAGCAUCUUCCGCAGCGAAUGGGAUGAAGGAACUGCUGGUGUUAUGGAGCGGGCAGGCGUUGAAGGUGCGGAUAUCGAGUUCAAGAGAAAGAAGGUCAUAGCUCUCAAGCCAAAGCAGAAGGCGAGGGGUUGGGAGGCAAGACAUUCGAGCACGAAGUAUAGGCAGUUGUGGAGAUGA